CAGGAUCAGGUGGAAAAUAGUCACUCCUUGCAGCCAAACGGGCGCUAGGUUUCUGCAGAGUCUGACAGUGAAGCCAUCGACUUAACCCUCAUCGAAGGCAGAGCUGGAAGGAGAAUGCAGGCAUUUUGGGAAAAUGAUUCUCGGCGGCUCCAAGUCUUCAUCAUGAGUGCAAAUCAGUUUGUGCACAAAGCUCUGGACAUCCUUGCAAAUGCUGCAAAUACGCGCAAACUUGAAAAACGUAGAGCAAAAGCCUACUUCGAAGAGAUAUUGCACAUAAUAUUAUUUUAUGGCCAGAUUAAUCAUCCUAAGGUUGAUCCAGAAGAAAUACUGCAGGAAAAUAACCAUCAAUUAUCUGAAAUGUAUUCAGAUGUCUUUGAGAUGUGCCGCACCCACAUUCCAAAACGUCCCCCUUUCACAGUGCUACUUGAUGCGAUUGUUGAGAUUGUCGGAACAAGACAUGAAGAUAAUGUUUUGCCAUGUCUGUUGUUGACGAUAAAUGAUAUGGAAGUUCCUAAUGAUAACAAACUAUGCCGGAAUAUUUUUGUAUCAACAGUUAUUAACUUGUGCUAUUUUUAUGAUGAGCAUAUGAGAAGUAGAACACACAAUUACUUUGGUGCUUCAGUGUCAUAUAGAGGAGCUAGACAGAAAAAAAUAAUGAUCGAUAUAUUGUGCUGCUAUACAUGGCACCGUGACAUUAGCUGGGCAGUAUGUGUUGCAAAUCACUACGAACAAAAUGCCUUUACAUUUCCUCCUCAUGUCCGCUCGAUGGCAUUUAACAUAUACACCCAUGGACAAAGCACUCAGGCAAAACAACGUGUUGAAAGUCUUCUGGCUAGUUUCAGGGAUUACCCAGUGCCCAGGUUUCUUAAAAUUGCCGAGCAAGUUGGAUCCUUAGUUCCUAGAGCACCUUGUGGAAGAUGCUUUAAAAUGUUCCCAAACAUUCAGUUUUAUCCAUCUCAUCGUGAACCGGCUUUUUGGGAACAUGGAAACUGUGCAGAGUGUGAAUCACUCAGCCAGCUUCUGAGUUCUCAUGAGCAAAUUGUCACAAAGCUGCAUCGUGACCACUUUCAAAUUGGACGUGAUGAAUUAAUAAAUACAAAAAAUAGACGACUUCAACAAAACCUCCAACUGUUAAAGUUUAGAAUCAGGGGUGUAGUUCCAUUUUAAGAUAAUCAAUUAUAAAGAGAUCUACCUGAAAAGAUUCCUAAAUUGAAAGCACAUUAGAAUGCACAGUAUGUCAUGUU